AUGAGUUAACAAUUACUCGACAACACCGGGUUCUGAAACAAAACAAUUAUUGAAUUUAAAAGUUUUAUUUUGUAACACUGACUCACUGUAAACCCCUGAAGGUGGUAUUAUAAUUAUUUUACAAUGGUGAAAAUAACAGAUGCUAGACGGGAUGAAGGUCAAGUUGAUAAUUACCACAACCAAAAGAUAGCUGACCCUUACCACUGGAUGGAGGACCCAGACAGUGAGGAAACUAAAGCGUUUGUAGAGGCUCAGAAUAACAUCUCUAGGCCUUUUCUGGAUGCCUGCCCAGUAAGGGAGAAAUUGAAAAAUAGACUUACAGAGCUAAUGGACUACCCCAAGUAUGGCUGCCCUUAUAAAAGAGGAAAUUAUUAUUAUUAUUCUUAUAACACUGGACUCCAAAAUCAAAGUGUGAUUUAUGUACAAGACUCUUUGGACUCUGAGCCGCGAGUUUUUCUGGAUCCUAACCUCCUCUCUGAUGAUGGGACCAUCUCCCUCAACGGCAAAGCUUUCUCUGAAAAUGGAAAGUACUUUGCUUAUGGUCUAAGUAAAAGUGGAUCUGACUGGAUAACCAUUAAAUUCAAAGAAGCGCCCUCUGGUAAGGACCUACCUGACAGUCUGGAGAAGGUGAAAUUCUCCAGCAUGGCCUGGACUCACGAUCACAAAGGCUUACUGUAUAAUAAAUAUUUAGAUGAAAAUGUUAAAGCACAAGGUACAGAGACUGCGACUAAUCAGAAUCAGAAGCUGUUCUAUCAUCGCCUUGGAACUGACCAAUCAAAAGAUGUCUUGCUAGCUGAAUUCCCUGAUGAACCAAAAUGGAUGAUAGGUGCUGAGGUCAGUGACUGUGGGCGCUACAUUAUCCUGUGUCCACGAGAGGGAUGUGACCCUGUCAAUCGUCUGUUCUAUGUGGACCUUCAGACCCUCCCAGAUGGGAUCAGUGGUCCUCUUCAGUAUGUCAAAGUAGUGGAUAACUUUGAUGCAGAAUAUGAGUAUAUCACAAAUGAAGGCACAGUGUUUACGUUUAAAACAAAUCUGAAGGCUCCACGGUACAAACUGAUUCAGAUUGACUUCUCCAAGCCACAGAUGGAGAACUGGACUACACUGGUGGAGGAACAUGAGAGCAGUGUGUUAGAGUGGACAGCCUGUGUCAACAACAAUAAGCUGGUCUUAUGUUACCUAGAGGAUGUCAAGAACAAGCUGUAUGUCCAUAGAUUGAAUGAUGGACAGAGAAUGGCAGAAUUACCAGUGGAUGUUGGGACAAUUUCAGGGUAUUCUGGGAAAAAAGAACAAACAGAGAUAUUUUACCAGUUUGUAUCCUUUCUAACACCUGGCAUUAUCUACAGAUGUGACAUGUCAACAGACACCUAUUCUCCAAAGGUAUUUAGAAAUACAGAAUUGAAGAACUUUGACUUUGACCAAUAUGAAACCAAGCAAGUCUUCUAUCCAAGCAAAGAUGGGACCAAAAUUCCUAUGUUUAUUGUAAACAAAAAGGACCUGGCUUUGGAUGGGAACAAUCCAUGCCUCCUAUAUGGAUAUGGAGGAUUCAACAUAUCCAUCUCACCUCACUUCUCUGUGUCACGUCUGGUCUUCAUGCAGCACCUGGGGGGAGUGUUUGCUGUGGCCAACAUAAGAGGAGGAGGAGAAUACGGUGAGACUUGGCAUAAAGGCGGAAUGUUAGGGAACAAACAGAAUGUAUUCGAUGAUUUCCAGGCAGCUGCUCAGUAUUUAAUUGAGAACAAGUACACCACAAACAGGAAAUUAGUUAUAAAUGGUGGCUCUAAUGGGGGAUUGCUGGUAGGAGCCUGUCUAAAUCAAAGACCAGACUUGUUUGGUUGUGGAAUUGCUCAAGUAGGUGUGAUGGACAUGUUGAAAUUCCAUACCUUUACAAUAGGACAUGCCUGGACUACGGACUAUGGCUGUAGUGACAAGGAGGAACAGUUCAACUGGCUCAUCAAGUAA